UCUUGAUUGGCCAUGCCGGUGGUCGGUGAGGCCCGAAACACGUGCCCACCGUGACUCAACGAAAACCUCUUCCUCUUUCCUUUCCUCUCCUCCUUCUCCAGCUUUCCCACCUCAGCUACAUCUCCACAUUCAACCGCUUUACCUAUGUCGUGCUAAAAGCAUUUCUCUUCUUCUUUUUACCUUGACUGCUAAAUCUUCAGUCGCGCUUAUGUGUUUGGCACCCUCUAUCUUCACCUCCCAGGACUAUAUCUCGGACCAUCUUUGGAAAGCCCGUAUUAACUGAAUCGACCUACCCAUUUCUCAUUCAGUACUUUAACAAUCCCUCAAAUCAAAAUGAUCAUGAAUCUGUUCAAGGCCAUGCCCGCCCGGGCUCAGGCCUUCGCCACCGUGAAGCCCCAAGCUCGCUUCAUGGCCACCGUUCGUCAGCGUGCCGCGAUGGAGCCCGCCACCUUCACCAUCCGUGACGGCCCCAUGUUCACCGGCAAGUCCUUUGGCGCUCGCUCCAACAUCUCUGGUGAGGCGGUCUUCACCACCUCCCUGGUCGGGUACCCCGAGUCCUUGACCGAUCCAUCCUACCGCGGCCAGAUCCUGGUUUUCACUCAGCCUCUGAUCGGCAACUAUGGCGUGCCGUCUGCCGAGAAGGACCCUAACGGACUUCUCAAGUACUUCGAGUCCCCCCACUUGCAGGCGGCCGGUGUAGUCGUCGCUGAUGUUGCUGAGCAGUACAGCCACUGGACUGCCGUUGAGAGCUUGGGUGAGUGGUGUGCGCGGGAAGGUGUUCCGGCCAUCUCUGGGGUUGACACUCGUGCUAUCGUCACCUUCCUCCGUGAGCGGGGUUCGUCCCUGGCUAAGAUCACGGUCGGCGAGGAGUACGAUGCCAACGAGGACGAGGCCUUCACCGACCCGGAACAGAUUCACUUGGUCCGUCAGGUCAGCACCAAGCAGCCUUUCCACAUUAGCGCUGCUGACCCUCACUCGCACGUUGCCGUCCUCGACUGCGGUGUGAAGGAGAACAUCCUGCGUAGUCUGGUGAACCGUGGCGCUAGCGUCACUGUCUUCCCCUUUGAUUACCCCAUCCACAAGGUCGCCCACCACUUCGAUGGUGUCUUCAUCUCCAACGGCCCCGGUGACCCCACUCACUGCCAGGACACCGUCUUCCACCUGAAGGCUCUGAUGGAGACUUCCCAGGUCCCCAUCUUCGGUAUCUGCUUGGGUCACCAGCUGCUCGCUCUCGCCGCCGGUGCUCGCACCAUCAAGCUCAAGUACGGUAACCGGGCCCACAACAUCCCGGCUUUGGAUCUGAGCACUGGUCGCUGCCACAUCACCAGCCAGAACCACGGUUACGCCGUUGAUGCCUCCACCCUGCCCUCUGAGUGGAAGCCUUACUUCGUGAACCUGAAUGACCAAAGCAACGAGGGUAUGAUCCACAAGUCUCGCCCCAUUUUCAGCACCCAGUUCCACCCCGAGGCCAAGGGCGGUCCCCUUGACUCGUCCUACCUGUUCGAUAUCUACCUGGACAGCGUCCAAAAGUACAAGCAGAGCCAGGCCGGUCUGCACCCCCACCGUGAUAGCCGCCCCAGCCCCCUGCUGAUUGACCUUCUGGGCAACGAGCGCGUGGGUGUGCAGCCCACCAUUGGCAUGCAGAACAUUGCUGCCGCUGCCGCUGCCGCCGCUGCGGCAUAAACGCUCAUAUGUCUGGUGGGAGUUCGGCUUGGUUUUUAUCGGUUCUGUCUGGAAAUAUGGUCUUCUUUGUUUGGGUCUCAUAGUCUUGUCUUGUUCAUAGUAUUUCUUUACAUGGUACAUUCGAUCUGAAUUACAUCCAUCAAAACAUACACAUAUCAUAGCGU